UAGCUCGGUGUGUUUUUCCCAAUUAUUCAUUUUUGUUUAUUCACAACAAAGCAGUUGUAGUUAUUGAACAGCGUAGCUCAGUUACAUAUUUUGUGAUAUCUGAUCUCCUUACGGAGAACUAAACAUGAAUAUAAUUCCAAUUGUUAGAGUAUCGUUGCCUAAAUUUUCCUCCAUUACCACGUUCAGCACAAUGAGCUCACAAGUGAAACCGAUUGAAUCUGCUAUUCGCGAAGGACUCAUCAGUAAGUUAACCCCGGUCCACUUGGAAAUAGUGAACGAAUCCUACAUGCACAAUGUACCCAAAGGGGCGGAAACUCAUUUCAAAGUACUGGUAGUCUCGGAUCGUUUCGAAGGGUUACCGCUGAUAAAGCGUCAUCGACUGGUUAACGAAAUCGUAAAAGACAAACUGGAAGGGAACUUUGUUCACGCACUAUCAAUUGAAGCGAAAUCUCCAUCACAAUGGAAUGAGUCAUAUAAAUUGGAUCCUAGCCCAAAUUGUCGCGGAGGCUUCGGAAAAUGAACAUUCGGAUUGUAUAAUUCGUUAGUAAUCAGAGAAUAAAUUGUUGCGACUGA